AUGGCGUCUUUAGCUGAGCAACUGCGUGCGUUAUCGAAUCCAGAACCAAGUCGUAUCGAUUUGGAUGAAGACGAAUUUGAUGUCACAAGAGCACAAACAAUCAAAAAGGCGAUCGACAGCGAAGACUUUGAAGAUCAAGAAGCCCCGGUCGUUAAUAAUUUACGUAAGAAAACAGCCACUUUGUUACAAGAUGUCGACAAGAAGUAUGCUGGGCACAAGAUUUCACGAGCUCAACUUGAAGCCUCACGAGGACACGACGCUGGUUCAGACGAAGAGGAGGAACAUGACGAAGAAGAGGAAUCGGAGAGUGACUCUGCAGAUUAUUUGAAUGGAGCUGGAAAAUCAGAAGAUGAUGAUGAUAUCAACAGUAAGGAAGAUAAUACUGAUGGAAGUGAAAAUGAAGUGGAAGGUGUUACUUUUUCUGAUGAUAAUGAUGAUGAAAAUGUUGAUAAUGAUGAAGAAGACAGUCUACAUUCAGGAACUGAAAAUGAAAGUGAGGAAGAAUUCUCCAGUGUGGGUGAGGAUUCAGACGUAAAUGGAGAUGUUGGUAAAAGUGAUGAUGAUAUUGAAGAAGAUGAAGACAUGGGUAAUAAUACCAUUCAACAGUUUUCCUCAACAAGUCUGAAAGAAGACAUUGAGAAAGGAACUGCUGCAAAGCAUCAGCUCAGUUUGUGGGAUAGUUUCCUUGAGAUGCGUAUUCGACUACAGAAAGCUCUUUUGAUUGCCAACAGACUUCCACAGCAUGACCAGCAUGCAUCCUUAAAUUUCUCUGGAGACAAGAACCUAAAAGAAACCUAUAAAGAAGGGAGAAAAUCAGUGGCAAAACUUCUUGGAAAUCUCCUGUGGAUACAGGAAAAGCUACUGGACCAAAAUCCAGACACAAAGGACAUUUUAUACUCAGGAAAGGAGUCAAGCAAAAGCGCUGGUCAAAGCAGUGAUGAGGAUGAGGAAAUACCCAGUGAUACAGAAGAUGAGAAGAGUGAUAAUGAUGAUGAGAAGAGUGAUAAUGAUGAUGAGAAGAGUAAUAAUGAAGAUGAUGAGGAUGAUAAUGCUGGCAACAAAGAUCAAGUAAAUGGUAAACAAACAGAAGGAAGCCUGAAGCUUCCAACAAAAAGGAAACAUGAGUUGUCAACAUCAGAAUAUGCAGAAUGUAUUUGUAAGCGGCAUGCCGCCCUUAAGGAUUUCAGAGACUCUACAAUAUCAAAAUGGAGUGAGAAAACUCGACUGGCUUCUGGAAAAAUUAACAGCAAGACUUUUGGUUCUUUUGACCGCUCUGCACUGGCGCAGAUAAAUCAUAUUUUAUCUGAUAAAGGUCGUCUCAUAAAACGCACUCAACUGAAAAGGACCUCAUAUAGAGUCUUAGGAAAGUCUGAAAAAGAUGAAGGCCAAGAUAUGGACUCAAACAAGGAACAGUCCGACUUGCAUUUAAAAGACUACGAUGAGGAGAUAUUUGAUGAUGAUGAUUUUUACCAUCAGCUUUUGAGGGAAUUUAUAGAACAGCGAACCAGUGGAAACACUAAUAAUCCUAUUGAGAUGGGAAGACAAUGGCUAGCACUUCAAAAACUACGAAGAAAAGUGAAAAAGAAAGUUGAUACGAAGGCCAGUAAAGGCAGAAAAAUUCGAUAUGAUGUUCACGGAAAACUUGUGAGCUUCAUGGCUCCCAUUGAGAAGGGAACUAUGGCGGACUCUUCAAGGAAUGAAUUAUUUUGUUCCCUGUUUGAUGCAAAACAACAGGAAGAGCCCGCUGAUAUCAACAUUUUCAGAUGAAGUUUCUGUGCCAUUUCGAUUAGUUACGUUAGUGAAACGAUCGAGAUAUUCGCGAGACGUUCUAAAUGAAAAGAAUGAAUUAAAUUUUUACAAGACACGUACCAUAUAUGAUCUCAUGUGAAUUUCUUUCCAAUUAUCACAAUGUAUAAAUGCCGGAAUAACAUUCUACUUAACAAAUAGAUUCCAAGUUGUCGUGCGUCUGUUCAGUAAUAGG